CGUUCCUUUCCAAUGACGGAAAAUGACGUUGGCAGCUGAUCACGAGGCAGCCACAGAUACUCCCUACUAUUUGAUACCACCGACGCCCGAUCUGAUUCCUGUCGCACGGGUGCGAGAAGCCAUCGUUCUUCGCAACGAGUGGGAUACUCACAUUUUGGCCCAAGCGCCAACCUGUCAAGUGCGACUCCGCCUGACAUCGCCGUACUGGACUUUCGAAGCCUUGAAUGAACACGGUCACAGAAAGACGUGUGGAGGCGAUGAGUUUUACGUCUGCUACCACACACAUUCGCAGUCAAUUGCGGGUAACCGCCCCAUGGCGGUCGCCAUCAUUGCGGACCACGAGGACGGAACGUACACUUUGGAUUUUUGCCAGUCGCCGUUAAAUCCACUCUCGAAUAAAAGGGGUCACCUUUCCGUCCACUUUCAGUACACCAGUGCGAUUGGGUGUGCACCGCCGCCGAGCAAGGAUCACUGGCAACACGGAGGGUACACGCAUACGGUAUACCUACACCGCAAUCUGCCGCACGCACCUCCUAUCCUUCGGCCGUUCCUUCCCCCAAUACCGAGUCGGCUGUUGUCGACCUUUGAUCGAGUUUUCGCCUUUGGGGAUUCCAUCCUCGAGCAGUUGGUGCAAGGCGGCUCGGAAGGCUGCCAAUUAAUCACCUAUGGAACCAAAGUGGCAACGCCACUUCGGACCGAAACUCUUCCGCGCGUACUGGACCUUCUAGAAGCUUCGUUGGGACCCGCAUUGGCGGCAGAGGAACCGAACCAGUCAACGGCACUAAUUCUGAACAGUGCACUGUGGGAGAUUCUCUCGGACCAGGGCGUCCCGGGUGCUGACUUUGCGGACCACUUGACUACUUGUCGAACAUAUGUCACCACCGUCCAGCGUCGGUACCCGCACGUUUCCGUGUUCUGGUUGUCCCCGUCAGCUGUACACAUUCAUCGGGUGUAUCUGUUCAACGAACUCGCCCAAAAGGGCAUACAGCACAAGAUAGACCGCGUGCGGUACAUGAGUGCCUCGCGAACGCGACGGCUAUACGAUUUGCAAAAUGGCUCUAAUACUACCCCACCUUUUUCUUGA